UGUUGGUUUAUUAUUGUAUUUACCUUUGGAAUUAGUUAAAAAUUUUUUCCAUAGUUAUGAUAUUAUUGGCACGAAUAGUGUCCGCUUGUUUAAAUAUGUGCAAUACUUUAUUACCGUCAACGGUAUGUGGAGUACAUAUGAGCAAAGAUUUAGUUUACAAAUGUUUUUUUACUCGCUUUUUUUUAUCGGUCAUCGAGAGCAACUCGAUAUAAGACCUUUUUGUGUACACGUGAAGACGGAAAUACCGAUGCACGCUGGUCUUGGCAGCACGACAUCGUUCGCAGUAUGUGUCGCGGCAUGCUUUCUACAUUGGUCGCGUCUACAGAGAGGUGAUCAUAAUGAAUUUAGUUUUGAUGAAUUAGUACUGAUUGGGACAUGUGCCAUGCAAUGCAGGAAACCUAUAUGUAACACUACGUAUCUGACGGACAUUAUUGUAUGUUUAAACAGUAACAUAGCUAUAAGAUGUAAAUUGCUUAAUUGCUACUUAGCUUACAAUAGAUCCGAUUUAUUAACGCCAGAAAAGAGAAUUCUUUUGAUCGAUUCGACUGUUUGCCAGAAUAAGUACCAGCAAAUAGAGUGUGUGGCACAAUUAAAACGUUUUUAUCCCGAGAUUGUCGAUCGCUAUUUGAAUACAAUAGAUGAAAUAUCAAAUAAUAUUUCAACAAAGUUAGCAUUAGAUGAUCAGUUCGAUACAUUACAGAAUUACAUUCAAAUGAAUCAACAUGUGCUAUCUGAGUUAAAUUUGUCGAAUGAAAAAUUGAAUGAUAUUUCCGAUAUUGCAUAUGUUUAUGGUUACGUGGGAAAACUUACAGGUAUUGGUGAAAGGAAAUUUGCAUAUAUUUUGCUACGACCGGGUAUUUCAGAAGAAGAAAUUGGUAAUAUUUCCGCACACCUGAGAGAGUCAAAUUUUCCUGUUACGGUAACUAGCAUAAGUUGUGACGGAAUAAGAAUUGAGGAUUAAUAUUAAAUUUAUCGAUUUAUAAUUAUAUAAAUAAAUAAAUAAUAACAACAGCUAACAAUAAAUGUAAACAAAAUUGUGGCACAAUUACUAACUCAAGUACUGUUUCAAAGAACAACAUGCACUUUUGUUUAACAUAUUCUUUUAUUUAAAGUUUGUUGUUUGUGAUUGACACCGUAUUAAAUUACGAAGUUCAAAAUGAGGACUAAUUGAAUAUUCUAAAAUAUGUCGAAUACGUCGAUAUUAGUUUCUUCUUUCGUAUGCUAUCCCUUUAUUUCGAAAGUGCAAAUUGAACAAAGAUGUUGCCAAGAUAAUAAUGCGAGGCGAUAAAACAUACCGCAGUCUUUUUCAGUUCGCAAAUUAAUAGAUAUACAUAGGAUUCAUAAUUCAAGUUUAUAAAUUACAUAAUGCUAUUACUGAAUAAAAAGUGGGUCAAUUAGUACUAGAUUAGUACUAAAUUAUAUUUUUUUUCGUAAUAAUUAAUAAAGAAUUAGUAAAAUAGAAUUCAUGAAAUAAAAUUCAUUUGAUAUUGUUUUUUAGGCGGAUAAUGUUCAUAGCUGUACGGUUAAUAAUGCGCGUGACUAUAUUUUCUCUGCUGCGUAGUUUAAGGUUUUUCGACUCAUUUUCCAUUUUUUAACAAAUAACAAUGUUAUGUAGUUCGAA